GGCAGUCGUCGGCGGUUCUACAUGAGAAAUGUGUAGGGUUCCAAGGGGAACGUCGUUGCCGGUGCCAAGGGGGCGGUUCUUGACAUGUGUCUGUUCGAGGGGUUCGGAGCGGGUGCUGCGAACACCCCGUUUUACAACGACCUCCGGCGGCAGGGCGGGUUUGUUUUGGGUCGAGAGUUCUUCGACUUGUUGGAGGACAAGGACAUCGCCCUCGACGUCCCUUGCGAAGUCGGCCCCGACCUGGAAAUGUCAACGCCUUUGCAACUGUGCGGCGGUUGUGAGUCGAGCGGGGCAGCAGGGGAGGGGGGGGAUCUGGGUUCCGGCGAGGCUACACAUGUGCAGCGGGAGGAUGCCAGAGGUCAGUUUGACGACAGCGAAGAUGAGGCGACACCGCGUCCGCCGUUUUCGGCGUCGAGGGAAAGAGACCGGUCUGUGUUGUCCAUACUUGGGGUCCGACAAGAGGUCGCGGCGGAUCCCGGAGAAGAGGCAGUCCAGUGUGGGUCCGACUUGGAGCCCGGUGAGGGCCAUGGCGUGGACGACAAGGCCGUGGGCGGUAAGGGAGUGGAGGGGACUCCCCAAAAAAGGAGGGAAGAUUGUCAAGAGGACGUGGUAGGCUCUUUGAAGAAACAGAAGACGAGGACCCCGAAGACUACGGGAGAGAAACGGAAGGGAAGGGGGGUGGAAGAGGACCACCCGGGUAGCAAACGUCCGGCGUCAAAACAGAAACAGCCCGCGUCAGGACCUUCCACGACAAGGCCUGCCAUCGACGUGGACGCCGGGUACUUCCUGGAGUACAAAGACGGCGUCAGGACAAGGCGGGAGUUUGAGAUUAGCCCGGCUCAGAUCGUCGACCUCAGGGAGUGGGAGGAUCUCUACAACCAGCGAUCGCUGGAUCCUGUCCUCGUGGGAAUGAUAAAAGAAGCAAUGCGGUAUGCGUUCGAAAAUAAAGAGCAGACGUACGAGUUGCCGUUCUUCAAGCUCGCACCACUAGGGCUUCAAAAACCAACACCCGGGAUCAAGGCUCAACGUCUGAACCCGGAGAAGUGGAAGGAUGAGUUGGCGGGAGAAUACUACUACUACGCGGUGUGCGGACAGCAUAACGCGGCUGCAGCCCGGUCGCUGCUUGGGAGCGAGGUGGCCAAGAAGUACAAUUUCGAGUGGUGGCCGGCGCGAAUGCUUUACUUUUCGAACGACGACUUCGAAGGGUAUUUUCUUCUUAGUUCACAGGACAACAAGAAGGACCUGAAGACGCCUCCCAGACAGUUGAAGCUGUCUAUGAUAGACAUUCGGUGGCAGUGGAAGCAUGACGGCUGCCCGAGAGCUGUGACGGGGAACCCUAGCGGGAAACAAGAUCAGGUCCAGGCUUGGCGUAAGUUUUGUACAACGGCGCUCCAUAAGGCGCCUCACAACAGCUUGUGGAUUCUCGCGGAUCAAAAGGAAGAGGAGGCCGUUAAGAAGCAAAAUGCUGCUCUGCGUUCUUAUUUCCCUCUCGCGAUGGCCGGAGAAAAUGUAUGGAAACUGACCGUGGAAUUUUUCGAAAAAUGGGAGACGGGUAGAUUGCUGAGCCACGACGGAGCGAAGUGGAUCGUGAAAAAGAAGAAGGUCAAAAACGUUAAGCCUGGGGUCGCCUACAUCCACAACGACAAGUUGGGCAGAACUGAGGUGGUGUACAACGUCCCCGUGGACCCACCGAAUAAGAAAGGCAAAAAGGAGAAAGAGGAGGGCGAUUGGUUCGUGCAAGUGCCCGCCCUGAACGCGCAUUUGUUUAGGAAGUUUGAAAGUCAGGGAUUGGAUGACGAGUUGUGGGAUAACAGCAGGAAACACGUUUCCGACUCGGCGCUGUUCAAGGACUGCCCGCCGUACAUGGGUUGCGACCAGGACAACUCGAUUGAGGUGACGGAGAAGUUGGCGGGACACAAGAAGUUGUCCGUCGACUGGAGAAACAAGAUUCUCUCCGUGUUGAAUGGAAGCAGACUGAAGAGUCGGAAGGUCGCCCUUGCCGAAGGCAUUGUUCACAUUAAAUGGAAAGACACGGGGGUGACAUCCAUUGCGUCGUUCGCUAACAACCCUUUAGAGGCGGACAUGAGGGGCGCAGAGCUGAAGGCAGCAGUGGCUGCCACCAAGAGCCACACGUUCGUCCUCGAUCUGUGCGAGCCGGGCAGUGUCUACGGGGAUAUGAAACGCAAUCCGAUACAAUUCGUCGGUCUUCUUGAUUUCCUUGGCAAGAAGGGAGAGGGUGUCGUGUUCCUUGGGAAACCGCACGCGCGAAGCGUCUGGGAUCUUCUGAAGGCCGGUCGGCACGUUGUCGCGAUGAAAGGGAACGCCGAGCUCUUGCAAUUCACGAUGCAGGUGGUGAAAAGCGAGGUCAAUUCGGGCGGGCACAAUUGUGAGUUCAUGGUCGUGAAGCCAACACGGGAUAAGGUGGGGAGCAACAAGACGGAUAUGUGGUUCAAGUUGAGCAAGAGGAAGAGGAACAAGAUAUACGAUUUCUUGUUCCUUCAAACGCGGCCGAGGAAGGACUCUGACGCCGAUUCCGGGGGGGGGGCACCUGGAAGUGGAGGGGAUGGGGGUGGUGGCACGGGGGGUGGAAAAGGAAUCCCGACUAGUGGGGAGAGGGGGUCUCACGGCCGCAACACGACAGCGGGAGGCAGCGGCGGGGUGGCGGGUUUCGCCGUCGACCGGCCUCCGUCGACAGGCACCUGGCCGGAUCAUACGACACAGUGUGCCGACCUCCCGACUUCGUCCGUGGGCUCAGCGAGGGACACGUUGGCAGCUUUGCUUGCUCUGGAAAGUCACUCCGGCGGAAAGUUGAAGUCUGUCGGGAUCCGAACUACGUCCGCUGAGGAGCCCCCAGAGCGGUCCGGAAUGCAAAGUCGCUCGGGGUCGGGGGAGCCAAGCAAGGAUCCUGAAAUUGGCAGCAUUGCGGCGCGGGACGGAAACGUGGGAAAGGUGUCGCCUGAGCAGGAGCGACGGCCGCAAGGAUUGCAGCGAGAGGCUGCAAGUACAGGGUCCGGCGACACAGAGACGACGAAGUCCGCCGAGAUCCGAACUUCUUCGGGCGGGGGGUGUCGGCCAGGGAUUGUCGUGUCGUUGAGAGGGGCAGCGUGCAUGGAGAUGGAAGGGCGGUCCUCAGGAUUCAACACGGGUACCGCGGAAGGGGAUGAGUUUCGUGGAAGGGAAGUAGGGAAGAAAAUGGAGGAACGGAGGGGAGCGCUAGAAGGGGAGGAAGAAGGGGAGAAAGAAGGGGAGGAAGAGGAGGAAGGGGAGGAAGCGGGAGAAACGGAGGUACUUAAUUUGCUUGAAGGAAGGGAGGGUGCCGGAUCUGGAGACGACGAGGUGGAGCACAGUGAGGACGAUGCCGGAUCUGGAAAGUCGUCUGACGAGUUCGGACAACUGUAAGGAGAGCAUCACGAGGAUGAUGUCGACGACGAUGCCACGGCAAUAGAUAUGGAGACACAGGUUGUUAGCAGCCUUUUCGGACAGCCUGAAGAUUAUGCGGUCCGACCACUGAUGUCUGCUGUCGACUCGCAACACCGCUUCGGCGAGGCUUCCAUCG